AUGAUCGCUGGAUCGUUCACAGCUUCCAGACUCUCUAGGGGGAGCCUUUCGGGCAUCGGCCGCCUGGCGCUGCGUGUGCCGCGAGCAGCACGCUGCUACACCGCCGGCAGCCUCAAGAUCAAUGCGGACCGGAUGAUGAAGACGCUGCACGAGACGUGCGAAUGGGGCGCAGCGCACCGAUACGGCGACGGACCAUUCGAGACGGGUAUGGCGCGUCUGACGCUUGACAAGGACGACGCGACUGCUCGACGCUGGCUGUGGAAGGAGGCGGAGAAGCUAGGCUGUUCGGUGGACGUCGACGAGAUGGGCAACAUGUUUAUGAUCCGCAAAGGGAAGAAGAACGGCAGACCCACCGCGAUGGGCAGCCAUCUGGACACACAGCCGACGGGUGGAAGGUACGACGGCAUCCUGGGCGUGAUGGCCGGACUGGAAGCGCUGCGCACGAUGAACGACCACAAUCUAGAGACCGAGUACCCAGUGGCGCUGGUCAACUGGACCAACGAGGAGGGCGCACGCUUCCCACAGUCAAUCGUCGGCUCGGGUGUGUGGUGCCACGAUGUGCCGCUGGAGAAGGCAUGGAAUCUGCAGGACGUGAAGGAUGCGUCGCUCACGAUGAAGUCGGAGCUCGCCAAGAUCGGCUUUCUCGGAUCGACGCGGUGCAGCCACGAAGCCACGCCACUGGCGGCGCACUUUGAGCUUCAUAUCGAGCAGGGUCCGAUCCUGGAAGCGACAGGCAAGAAGGUGGGCAUUGUUCAGGGCGGACAGGCGUACAAGUGGUUUGACAUCAACGUGCGCGGUCGCGAAUGCCACACGGGAUCCACACCGUUCGACACCCGCUCCGACGCCAUGCUGUGCGCAUCGCGCAUCAUUGUCGAGAGCAAUCGCAUCGCCAAGCAGCACAAAGGCCUUGCAAGCACGGGCAUCUUGCGCCUCUCGCCUGGAAGCGUCAACACAUGCCCUGGCCAUGUCUUUUUCACACUGGACGUUCGGCAUCCUUCGACGGACAAGCUCGCGGCGCUGUGCGGUGAGAUCGAAGCGGCGGCGCAGCGAAUCGCGGCCGAGGAGAGCGAAAAGGGGUGCAGCCUCGAGUGGGUCGAGACGUUCGACAGCCCAGCGAUCACGUUCCACCGCGACUGCAUCGACAGCGUGCGCAAGGCAGUCGAGGCCAACUACGGCAGCGAUGCAGGCGUUGACAUCUACAGCGGCGCAGGCCACGAUACAUGCUCGACCAGCAAGGUGUGCCCAUCCUCGAUGGUCUUCAUCACGAGCAAGGAGGGCAUCUCGCACAAUCCGCGGGAGUAUUCGUCGCCGCAAGACUGUGCGACCGGUGCGCAGGUCCUCAUGGAUGCAGCACUGCUUCACGGCAACGUCCGAGGCAAUGGUGGGAAGUCGCGGCAAGGCGGCUCCAAGAACUGCUGCUGCUGCUACCCUGGCAUGGUCGCGCGGGGUAACACUGGAGCCCAAGGUGCGGAUGUGCCUCGGGUUGCACUCGAAGCACCUCGACGCUCGGCCCUGAGCUACCCGUGGGCUGCUCGACAACCGAUUGCCGAAGCUGUCGGUGCGCCCAUGCAUGCCUUGGUGUUGCGCAGCGCAAGAAUAUUGACUCGCCGCCACUCGCUGUUGAGCGCCCGCAGCUACGGCAUUCCGCUAGCUCAAGCUCCGCCGCAGCCUCCAGUCCGCCAAGCUGUCCCGCACCCUAUCCCCCCCACCACCCUCGCGUAUAAAGCACACCCGCGCUCGUCGCCUGUGCCAUCUUUGCCCGUCUUCCCAAACCCCACCCUGCUUAAGCCACUCGAUUCCCCAUCAAUCAUGGCAGCUCCCUACACCGACACGGGCGUCAAGCCCGACGACUUCUACGAGUUCGACUAUGUCGUCGUUGGCGGCGGCACGGCGGGUCUGGCGGUGGCUGCGCGUCUGUCUGAGGACGCCGCGGUGUCGGUCGGUGUGAUCGAAGCGGGGCUGUGGCGUCCCGAGUGCCCCAAGAUCAACUACCCGGCGUUCAUCGGUCAGACGCCCAUGAACCCGGACUACGACUGGUGCUACGAGACCGAGCCGCAGCAGCACUCGAACGGACGCAAGUACCCGUGGCCGCGCGGCAAGGUGCUCGGCGGCAGCAGUGCGCUCAACUUUCUCGUGUGGCAGCGCGGCUACAAGGGCGAGUACGACGACAUUGGCAAGCUCGGCAACUCGGGCUGGUCUUGGGACGACUUUGCCAACUUUGCGCGCAAGAGCGCCACGCUCGAAAAGCCGUCCGAGCAACUGCAAGAGGCACACCUCGCCACGUACGACGAAGAGGUUCACGGCUCCGACGGCCCGGUUCAGACCUCGUACAGCAAGUGGUACACCGAGGCGCAGCGUCCGUGGUUCGAGGCGCUCAAGAGUCUCGGCCUCGCCAACGUCAGGGACGGUCUGGCCGGCAGCAACGCCGGCUUCUGGGUCUCGCCGGGUACGCUGUGCCCCAAGAACGGCGUGCGCUCGUACUCGGCCAGCGCCUACUAUGCUCCCAACGCCAAGCGCUCCAACCUCAAGGUCAUCACGGGCGCCCUUGCCUCCAAGAUCCUCUUUGGCGAGGCCAAGAACGCUGCAGGCGAGCUCGUCGCCUCGGGUGUCGAGUAUUCGGUCGACGGCGCUAGCUACACCGUCAAGGCGCGCAGGGAGGUGGUGGUGAGCGGCGGCACGAUCAACAGCCCGCACCUGCUCGAGCUCUCGGGCAUCGGCAAGGCGGGCGUGCUCAAGGCAGCAGGCAUCGAGCAGCGCAUCGAGCUCGACGUGGGCGAAAACGUCCAGGACCAUCUCUACACCACCACCACCUUCAAGCUCAAGCCGGGCCACACCACCUGGGACAAGAUGCGCCAGGACGACUUUGCCAAGGCGGCCAUGGAGCAGUACGCCGCCGGCGGCGACGAUCGCGGCAUCGUUGCGUCGAUCAUCUCGGGCUUCGCCUACGUCCCGCUGAAGCAGUACCUCUCUGCGGACGAGAUUGCCAAGAUCAAGGACGAGGUGGCCAAGAUCGACUGGAGCCAGUACUCGAACGGCGUGCGCGAGACGGUUCAGCUGCAGCUUGCGCGUCUGGACGACGAGCAGUGUCCCUUCACCGAGUUCAUCUUUACACCGGGCUACUUUGCCACCUUCUCGGCGCCAGAGGAGGGUCAGGAGUACUACAGCAUCCUGGCGUGUCUGCAGCAGCCCUUUUCGCGCGGCACCAUCCAUGCUGCCUCGUCCGACCCCGCUCAACCGCCCAAGAUCAACGCCAACUACUUUAGCGUCGACGCGGAUCUCGAGAUCCUGUCCAAGGCGGUCAAGUACUGCGACACCAUCACCACCACUUCUCCACUCAAGGACAUUACCGUGGCAAGGCAGGAUCCCGAUCCGGAGAAGUGCACCACGGACGACGACUUCCGCGAGUUUACAAAGGACGUCACCAGCACCGAGUACCAUCCGAUCGGAAGCUGCUCCAUGAUGCCGCGCGACAAGGGCGGCGUGGUGGAUGCAAGGCUCAAGGUGUACGGUACCGCCAACGUGCGUGUGGCCGAUGCCUCCAUCAUCCCCAUCCACGUCUCUUCGCACAUCCAGUCGGCCGUCUACGCCGUCGGCGAAAAGGCAGCCCACAUGAUCCGCGAGGAUGCCAAAAAGGCCCACUAG